UGCAAACAAACAAAAAAUAAAUCUCAAGUUUCUAGUCCGACAGGCAGUUAGUGGGUGUGUGUGGUUGCCAUGACACUGAGGCGCAUGGAUGUAUACAUGUAAACCAAUUUCUGCUGUACAGACCAGUUUCUAGAGAAAACUUGGAGUGGAAAUACGUUGACAACAACCAUGCAAAAUGAUGGAUCUGGAGAAAACACUGAUGAGCUGCUCUCUGCAGAUGUGGAUGAGGGGGUUGAUGUUUAUGGGCUUAUACCCGUGGCAUUGUCCCAUGACCACUGCGAUGUACUACUGGAUGCAAUAGAUGCACAGCUGAGUCAUCUACAGUUCCACAGCCAAAGCCAAAUGCAUGCCGGAAACUCCAAGAGAUAUGACUUUCCUUUCUCAGGCUAUCUAGAUCGGAGUCAGUCUGUAAGUAAAGACACAGGCUUGGGAAGCACUGUUCCAACCAACGAUAAAACACCAUCCAACCCUGACUGGACUCCUUUAGGAGGCAAAGAUGACCAAACAGAACACCAGACAAUGGAGAUUAUGAAGGUUGGAGCCUCAGUUCCAGAUGUGUGGCAUCCUGAGGGAGAUGGCAGCUUGAGCUCAGUGUCCAGGGUAGAGCAGUGUCGUUGGAGGCUGGAGAGGCUUCUUGGGAGAAGCGCUGAGAUUAAAGGGAUAGGAAACGAGGAGGAUGAAUUCACUAUGGACAGCGUCUGCACUGAGGACUUCUCAACACGCUUCAGAGAGGAAAUGCUGAUCCUGCCAGCCUCAGCCCCAGGUGCUCCCAUUAACACUGCAGAACUCACUGAGGAACGAUCGAAAAAUCAAUCACAGCAUUUAUCCAGAACACCAAUAAAACACCUGGCAGGAAUGCCCAUGCAGAGUUUUGAUUCAGUCACCAUAGACACUGAUCUGGACACAGUGUGCUCAGAACAGGUUCGACAGCACCUGAAGUCUGCACUCAGCAACAGGACAGUCACACACUUUGCAGAAUAUGCUGACAGAGUAAACUCUGACCAGGAAUAUAAUCCAAAAUAUGCCUUACAUCUGAGCAAAGAAAAUGGAUUCUGUACAGGACAAACCAUCCAAAACAAUAUCCAGUCCUUCAGCUCUGAUGAUGAGAGAACUGUUGAGGAGUCGAGCAGUGAAGGUGCUGUGUCUAAACUUUACUACAGAAGCAGGAGACAUUCAUCUGGCAAGAAGGGGAAGAGGAGGAGUUCAUACCAGAGCAGAAGGAAUGGCUUCCACAUUAGCACAGAAAGGGCUCGGGACAAGAGCAGAAUAGAUGGAGAUCAACUCAAAGAGCUGAGGAUGUCACUUACUCAGCUUCAACAACAAAAAACAGCUACACUUCAUACUCUGAAGAAGCUGAGAGAGGAAAUGGAUCAAGCUAAGAGAGAGCAGCUUUCUCUACAGCUCAGUGUGAGGGACAGCAGAGCACAGGCCCAGAACAUCACGUAUGAGCUACACAGACUGCAGGCCCAGAGGGAAUUAUGUUUGAAGGAGGUCAGGGUUCUGCAGGAACAACAGUGUGUAAGCCGCAGUGUGUCUGUUUUGGAAAGAGAGGAGAUGGACAGACUACUGGGUAAUGCUAAAUCUGACCUGUUCUCAGAACAGAGGCGUUUCAGACACACACUAGACUCUAUUCAGGAGAGGCUGGAUGAGGUGAAUCAGGAACUGGAGCAGAAGGAGGAGGACUGCAGGGCUCUCCAACAGAAAUGCAGUGAGCUAGAGGAGCAGCUGGCUGAUACGAUCCGAGAAAAAGAACAAACAAAAGAGUCUACCCAGAAAGACCUAGAGCAGCAAGUGAAGCGUUUUGGAGCAAUGGAGCGAAUUGUUGCCCAGAAGGAGCUUCUUUUGCAGGGUGCCGAAGAAGCAAAGGAAGCCCUUCUUCUGGAGCUCUGUUCACUGAGAGAGGAGCACAGCUUAAAGCUGAGAGAAAUACAGACCAGGACAAAAAAGGAUAUGGAGGAAGAGAUUGAACAACUGAAAUUACAGUUAACCAAAAGCCACAAAGAGGAGCUUCAAAAGGUGCGUCAGCAGGCGGAUGAGUUGAGAUCAGCUGCUCUCAGUGAACAAGCUCAAACCCACAAACAGAGCCUGGACUCCUUACACAACUGCAUCCAGGUGAAAGAUGAGGAGGUAAAGAGGCUAAAAGAGGCUCUAGAGCAACAUGAAGAGAAGAUGAGGAGGCAAGCAGAGGAACUCAGAAGACAAACUCAGGAAAAGAUUCACAAGUCUGUGAAGCGAGAGGAAAGGAAGUGGGAGGAACAGCGAGAGAAGGCUCUGAAAGAGCAGCGUGGGACUCUGGAGCAGCAAAUAGAGGAGGCAGUGAAGAGAGGGAGCGCAGAAGUAGAAAAAGAGAGAAGGAACGCACUGGCCUUACAGAGUAAAGUGAUUGAGCUUCAGAGAGAGGCAGAGAAGGAGGCGGUACGUCUGAAAAAAACUUUGCAGCGCUCUGAAAAGGAGCUUCAGGAGCUGAGGACAGCCGUCACCGAGAAAGACCAAAAACACCAGAGAAGAGCAGCCAGACACGAGCAGCAGAACAGACGCUGGGCGCAGGACAUACACGUUGAGUGCGUAUGCCUGCAGGAGUUGCUAAAACAAAAUGGCCUGACUGUUGAAAACAAGCACUCGUCAGAGAGUCCUAUAGUGAGUGAAACUCUUCAGACCCUGCAGUCCCUCACAAAGGCCCUACAACAGCUUAUUAAUGAUCUAAAAAAUGAGCUCAACUCACAGAGACGUGCUGCACUGCAACUCAGCCGAGAAAAGGAGCAAGAGCUAAAUCUGCAGAAACAGCAGUUGACGCAGGAAAAGGAACGAGCACUGGCUGCUCUAAAAGAGAAACUCAUACAGGAGCACAUUGAGGAAAUGAGCAGCCUAUCUCGAGCCCAGCUGCACAUGAACAAUGAUGAUACAGACAGACUGUGUGUCCAUCUGCGCAGGCAGCUGCGGGCUAAAGAUGAUGAGCUCAGACAGGUGCAGAACAACAUGGCACAGUGGAAAGACAAAACCACUACAAGACUCGCACACAAAUUUGAGCUGGAGCUUAACGCAGAGUUGGAGAGGAGGGUUCCAAAGCCCAGAGCAGAGCAGCAGAAGAGACUGGAGAGACUGGAGAAUGAGAUGAGACAUCUGACUGGGCAGUGCCAAGACUACAACGAAUCCCAGUUGACCUCUACUGCUCUUCAGGGUGGCACGGACUUCCAAAACUCCAGAGUCACCCAAGACCUGACCUCAUAUAAACUGCUGCGGCACCUCCAGAGUCGAAUCCGCCAGCUCCAAGCAGAGAGCCAGACCGACUGCCCCAGCCCAGUGAAGUGGGACAGGGAUCCCAGGGACUUGGGCGGCUCUUAUUUGGACACGAUCGCUCCAGCCCAGGAAAGCUAUAAGACAGAGGAUCACUUACCAGCAAAGACCAUUUCCAGUUAACAUUUACUUUCAACUUAAUCCUAGAAUUUGUCCAUUAAAUUGUUGAUUUUAUAGGGAAACCAUGUAUAAGAAAAUUACUUAAUACCACCUCUGUGGAGCUCAUAAGCAAUGUUCUUGGUCUGGAUGGACAGAACUUAGCACUUUAUUGUAGGUGAAUGUUUAAUUCAGGUGUGUUAAAGAUCAAAGGAUGAACUUUGACAUGAAAUGAACGGAAUUCUCGGACUCAGAAUUCUGCUUGAGUUUACUACGAAAUAGUGAAUAAAUCUAGUAUGUAGCUAACAGAAUUUACAACUGGACAUAACUAUUACACUGUUACAAAUAACUGUUUCACUUGUUAUACUUUGCAGGAUAUGAAUUUCUUUGUGAUUUUUUAUAGAACUAAUUAUUGUACUUGAUCAACAUUCCUGAAAUCAGUGACAAUUCAUGAUGUUGUACAAAUGUUGUUUUCUGCAUAAAUAAAAAGUCACAAGCAAAGAAUUAUGUGUCAAACUGAUUUUAUUGAAAUACAAGUCUGCCUUUGUCAGUGUGAUACGGUCAAUAUUUACAAAUUUUAUAUUUUGACAUCUGCCAAAAUGUAUAAAUCUCAAAAAGGUCAAAUUAAACAUUUAAACAACAAUUUAGGCCAAUGGUUAAACCAACUGCAAAAUGGAUUUCCAGCUUAUUUUACUGUUGUUUAAGAAUUACAGCCAGACUAAUAAGUGCUAUUUGUUCUUUACCUAGAUAAACUGAGCCAGGUAAUAUGAUCGACUGAAAUCAAUAGGUUGAUUUUAUAUAUGUAUAUCCAUGCAUCCCUUCGAAUAAUCAUUUUUCUGUCUGUAUAGAAGGUUAAACCGGCUGCUGUCUCUUCAAGAGCACAUGACGAUCCUUCCUCACUCAAACUAGAAUUCCCUACAUGAAAUGCAUCAAUCAUUACUUUCCAUAACAACAGCAUCUAGAAAAAACAAUAUGGACACCAUGAAUAACAAAUUAAAAGGAGUCUCAAGUUUUGACCAGUUGGAUGUCUGCUAAAAAGAAAAUAUUACAUGUACUGUGGCAGAUUUGAAUCUGUACACAGACUACUAGUACACCGCAAUAAUACUAACUGCAUAAAAGACAAAACUAAAAUAUUCUUGCAUUGUUAACCAGUACAUGUUUGAAUGUGUACGGCGCAGAGCUAUCGACAGCAAACAGAGUGAAUAUUAAUUUGCAACUGUACUGCAGGAAAAAACAAAAAUCACUGACCACAUUCACUUAGGAUACUUC